AUGACGAGAAAUAAUUCUUCCACUGAAGAAUCGGACGAGCUUCCCACUCCUUCCUCCGUUGAUUCUCUUGGAUCGCCUUUUCACAACGGCUCUAGCUCUCAGCACGGCGGUCUGGCCAAGCCACAGAUUUAUGAGGGAUACACAAACUUGCCCACGGUCGUCGAGACAGGAGAAGAACCCGAAUCCAUGCCGUCCCGAGGCUCGAGUGGCAUCCAGGCCUGGCAGACAAUAUAUAAUGAUACUCCCCCGCUGCGUUCCAAGAAGUCGACCAAAGAACUGGUCAAUCGAUACGAAGCCAUCGGUAGCGAGCCAGGGGAAAAUGUUUACUAUCCCGGAAAUCGACCGCAGAAUCAGCCCUGGAGGCCGGCCCAGGAUAAAGCUUUGCCACAACCGCCAGCACUCACCUUCCAGAGUAGGAAUGGCAAGCCGCGCUCUCCCCUCCGCCAGUCCUUUCGGAACUUGAUAUCGGUUUUCAAGAAGAGCAGGAUCGUCACGAAGGACAAGCCCGCGAUGGGCAAUUCCAUGCUUAUGCAAUAUCCUGGUGUCCGCCCGCAGAGGGCUACAUCCAAUUAUCCUGAUCGGCCGGGUUUGCCUUCGAUUGAAGCCUUACCGAGGGGUCCAUCUGUAUCACCUGCCCGCCUUCUAACGAAUACCUUGCUUCAUCUCUCCCGACCCGUCACUGAAACCCGAUCCUCACCGCUGUUGCCAAAUAAUCCCCUGUCUCAUACAGUGCCUUUAGCAGGAUGCACUGACGUUCGUUCAAUACCUCUGAGCGACCUGUAUGCUGCUGAAAGAGCCAUGCUCCCUAGUUUAAUCGACACUGCGACCGGGGCAAGGGGUACUCCAGGUGAACCAAAGGUUUUCGAGCUCGUGUUUGAGAUACGGAGGAAAGAAAUAUUUGCUGCGGCUUCUGUCAAGGAAAGGGCAGCAUGGGUCAGUGCUAUAUGGGAUGCCGUACUCAAUUCUCAAGAUCGAAGAAGUCUGUAUGCCCCCGAGCAAUCCGACUACUCGGACACAAAGUAUGCCCAUGCGCAGAAUAUCCACUGCGUUAGUCAACAGCAAAGUGACCCGCCCGAGGAGACGGCAAUCGAUGCGUCUACCAGGCCUUCCCAGUAUUCCAUGACCGACCGAUCGUUGCCAUCCACUCCUGUUACUAUUUCUUCGAUGGACCGCCGCCGUGGGCUCUCUGUCGAUGCACGUGUGACCCUGAGCGCGGAAGGAAUGUCGAGUAGGACGGGCCUCCAGCUAUCCAACUUGCAGAAAUCCAUCUCCGACCCGCCUCGUCAGCCUAGUCCAUCCAUCCAGAACUUGGAUCGAAGGUCAAUGGUCAAGAUGCGACUUGCGGAGUUGGAAGGUGGAACUUCUAAUCUCCCGGUUCACAAACUCCGCCCUCCGCCCAAAGAGUUCACGCAGGCAAAAGGCACACAUCCCGCAACCACCGAAUUAACUGGAGCGGAGAGAGUCUCCAGAAAUUCGGCCGAUACCAUUCGUAGACCCGCAACGGAUGAUCCUGACACGAUGCCUGUCCUCUCACCCGCCCUCUGUGACAGUCAAGCGCAAGUCUCCCGUUCGUCACCACCGUUCGUUUCACGGACGGCCAAUGUUAUCUCUAGCGGGCAUAAUACUGCAUUUUCUCAGAAUGAAGCGGCGGUCGUUGCAGCGACUCCGGAUCAAGCCAUCAACGGAGACGGGAUAUGCAAAGAGGUCGCCAGGUCCCGUGCUUUCGAAGAUAUCAAAGAUAUGCUGCGGACGCUGCUGGAGCGAGUGCAACAGCCCUUAGACAUGCCGCGUCACCAAGAGGACUCGCAUCUUCAGAUGCUACACUCGAUGGUAGGAGAGAUCAGGGCGCAGCUGCAUCAGAACCCGGCAAAGACGCUGGAUAUGGAAGGUCCCUCGACCGUUGUAUGUGAAAAGGUCAAUCAAGUACACCACGAUGUACAGACCGGGGUGAUAAAAGUCCUUGCACGGAUCGACGAACUACGAAGAUGCGGCCAUGACAGGCGUGGGGUGCUGGGUGAAGAAGUGCAACCACAAGCACACCUCGCCACGAAAGCUAUGGAUGGCCUGAAUGACAAACUUGAUACGCUCUUGCGCGCGGUUCAGGUGAAUCAGGAAAGUGGAAAGGCCGUGACGGACUCCAAAGAGGCCUUCCCAUUAACUUGCAUGAAAGAACUGACAAAGUGCAUGGAGCUUCUCAGGGAGACCAAGACGAAUCAGGUUGUGUACCUCGACAAUCAGGCGGAUAGUGUACGCUACCUCAAUGAACUGAAUUCCUGGCUCGAGACCUUCGUCAACCAUGGAGUCUCCCAGAUACAGACGCUCGCGGAAGACAUCCAGGCCUUGCGCAAGGAUCUCAACCCUGCGAAUGGCAGCAGAAUGCAAAAUGUAUCUUCGACCUCUCUAUCGCGAAGUCAAUCAAACAAGGGGCUGCUGUCUUCCUUGGAAGAAGUUGUAGAAAACCUUAAAAAGGCUGGACAUACUUCGGACGCAUCCACCAUCGCUACCCUGCUUGAACGACAACACACGGAACAGGAGCGUUUAAACUUCGCUGAUUCAAAAUUGGCAGGUAUCUCACGCGACAUCCGGGGUGAGCGUCUCAGAUUCGUGGAGGCAAUGAAAGAAGCUACUACAAUUAAUGUGCAGUCACACAUUGAGCAAUUCAGGCAAGAUUUGACUAGGGAAGUCCUGCGCUUGUCCCAAGCGUCGGAGGCAGCGGGCCAGUAUCGGAGGAGACAAAUACCGUCUGAGUCUCAUCAGUCUGGCCUCGUCACGACCUCAUGCUCUCAAUCAUCAUACAGACUAUCUGAUGGCGGACCCCGACCAAAGUCGUCUCACCGUCCUCAAGGCGUCUACAGGAGACUCUAA